UGACGCCACAGUGACGCGGCUGUUGCUCGCGAAGAAGAAGAAACACAACGACACGCUGGCUGCGUAAAGAAAUCAGGGUGACGUAGAAGUGACGUAGCAUAGAUCACGAAACAGAAAGCUUUCCCUCGUCCCGACUUUCCUUAUCCUGUAGCGUUGGGUCGUCGAUUCAGACAUGGAGCAAAUUGAGGACCAGGCCAAUGUGACCGAGAUGGAAAACGGCAGCACUGUGACUGUUCAACAAGGACAGGUUCUUCAACAAAGCUCGCCGCAAACUUCGAUGCCUCCGCCGAUGCAAACGCCAUCGGUGAUUCAGGCCAACCAACAGUCCGUAAUACAGACUGCUCAGUCAAUACACUCCGCUUCCCUUCAAGGUCAGCAAAUUAGCUUGGCCCAGGCUGUUCAAGUAAACGAUCCCGAUGAUCCAACUGGAGGGGUUUUAGACGAAGAAAGCAAAAAACGAAGGGACAUUUUGUCGAGGAGGCCAUCUUACAGGAAAAUAUUCAACGAUUUGUCUGGUUCUGAAAGCCCAGCAAAAGUAGAAACCAUAUCUGAAGAUAUUCAAGCUCAGAGUGACGGUACUGAGGGUGCUUCACCGAUAGCUGUGAUUACCACAAGCACUUUAAACUACCAACAGACACCACAGACGGUAACCAUUCCAGGAACUAUUCAAAUUGUUACAUCCGGAGAGGCACUUCAAACAGUGCCCAUGGCGCAAAAUUCAUCUGGUGCUGUCGUACAAUAUCAACAACAGCAACAGGACGGUCAACAAUAUAUUUAUACAGCAAACCCAGGAGAGGUCCAAGUACAGCAAGUUCAAGUAAGCAACACAGGCACAAUGUACACAAUACCAGCAGCACAACAGCAAUACAUCCGUGGACAGCUUCCACCAGGUGUUGUCCUUAAUUCAACUGGUAUUGGUGGAAAUGGCCAACAGAUCGCAGAAGAUGCUUCUCGGAAGCGAGAAAUGAGGCUCAUGAAGAACAGAGAGGCUGCCAAAGAGUGUAGGCGGAAGAAGAAAGAGUAUGUCAAGUGUCUAGAAAACAGAGUCGCUGUCCUUGAGAACCAAAAUAAGACUCUCAUAGAAGAACUGAAGACACUCAAAGACCUUUAUUGCCAUAAGUCUGAAUGAAAUUUGUUUUACUUCACUGAAGACAUUAUUUAGUCAAGGGUGGUUUCCAAUGACUUUUGAUAGUAACACUGUCUUGCCUGAGCAUGUGCCAAGCUUUGUUUUGAAAAUAUUGCCACAGCAGGUUUUAAUCAGUCAAAGUAAAAACGUUUUUAGUUCUUGGCUGGUCGGUUGCAAAACUAAAAUCAGCCUUUGUUUUGCUAGACAGCAAUAGAUGCUAUCAUUGGCUUUGUUGUCUGUCUCUCUUGUAUGUCAUUGGAAUUCUGCUCUGAAUAACU